UAUAUGUCAUUUCUCUUCCUUGUUUAGGGUUGCAGCUAGAGGACAAUAAAACUAACGAUGGAGCCCUUAUAUGAGGAAUACCUGGCCAGUCAUGGAACGAUAGUAAAACCUUAUUACUGGCUGAGUUUCUCUCUCGAUUGCUCUAAUUGUCCUUACCAUAUUCGGACAGGUGAAGAAGCAAGAGUUCCCUACACAGAAUUUUAUCAGAUUUUUGGAUUCCCUUAUGGGCCAACAUAUCCUCCAACGAAACACCUCACGUUCUUUGAGCUAAAAACUUCUUCUGGAAGCCUGGGGCAAAAGGGUCAUGCCAGCAGCUGCACUGGAAGAUACCCGGAAUCAAUGUUAUUUGAGGUGAACGGUUACCUUGACUCUACCGUACACAAUAAUGACCGCAUCACGCAUGUUAUUCUGUACUCCAGUAACUCCCCUUGCAACGAAGCUAACCACUGCUGCAUCAGCAAAAUGUAUAACUUCCUGGCAAAGUAUCCAGACAUCACUCUUAGUAUUUACUUUUCUCAGCUCUAUCACACGGAGGCUGAAUUUCCCGCCUCGGCGUGGAACCGCGAAGCUCUCCGGAGCCUGGCCAGUUUAUGGCCACAGGUCACUUUGAGCCUGAUAAGUGGUGGGAUGUGGCAUUCUCUCCUCAGCAACUUUGUGAGUGGUGUCCAGGGAGCGACUGUUUUCCAGCCCAUUUUAACCGGGAGAGCUCUGGCGGACAGGCACAACGCACAUGAAAUCAAUGCCAUAACAGGGGUGAAGCCAUAUUUCACAGAUGUUCUUCUCCAGGCAAAAGAGAAUCCGAACAUAAAAGCUCACGCAGCUUUGGAGGGCUACCCCUUAAACAAUGUCUUUCCCAGGCAGUCUUUUCAAGUGCCAAGCGGACAGCUGCAAUCCAAUCUGACCCUAGACCCCAGGGUUCCUGUCGUAUUCGUGCUGGUGCCUUACAGAGACCUACCACCAAUCCAUGUAGGACCAAGUCCACAUAAACCUAGGAAUAUCAUAAGGCAUUUAAAUAUGCCUCAAAUAUCAUUCCAGGAAACCGGUGAUCUCAGAAAGUCUCCCAUUGGCAUGCCAGUGAAGAGAGCAGAAAUCACACGACAGUUUGCAAGUAGCAAAGAAGCAGAUGAAAAGAAGAAGAAGAAAGGGAAAAACUAAAAUUUGCAUUUCGACAACUGGUCAAGAGACCAAACUACUACCAGAGGACUUUAUUA